UGUAUUGGUCGAAAUACGAAAGAUAACCUAUUCGACAAUUGUCAAAAUCAUAUGAGAGAAUUCAGGCGAAAAUUUGUGUUGGAAGCAUUAAAUAUAUAUAACGUUAUGAUAAAUUAAUAUUUUUUAAUGUUUUAAUAAUAUACAAUUUUGAUAAUAUCAUUAUUAUUAAAUAUGAGGUUCUGUUUAUAACGUCAAUUAGAUAUAAUUAUAUACUCAACAGAUUAUUCUUACUUCUCCAGAAAGUGAUUUUAAUAAGAGCUGUAUAUUUACGAUGUUGACUAUAUUGUCUAAAUGAAUAUGUUAUGAAAAUUGUUUAUUUGAAUUAUUAAAAAAAUUACGUGUAAUACGAACUCGGUCGAUAAAUAGUAACAUAAUCAGAAGCUCUUAUAAGAUACCAAAACGAAGCAAAUACAUAUUAUUGUGAUAACAUAGUUUAUCUACAUUCUUCACUUAUUUAUCGAAAUAAUUAAAAAUGGUAGAAAAAAGAUGUGCCGCCAAAAUGUGUUUUAAUAGUACACGGGAUGUACCUCAAAUACAAUUCUUCACAUUUCCUACAAAACAAGAAUAUGCUCGCGUUUGGGCAGAAGCAUGUGGUAUACCAGAAUUAAUUCAUAAAAAUAAAACUUCUCUUAAGAGAUAUGUACUCUGUGGUGAACAUUUUGAAGAUCAUUGGUUUAUGGAUCCUGAAUGUAAGACUGCAUUUAUUAAAACUGAAGUACCUAUACCCACAAUAUUUAAGAAUAAUUUGAAAGAAUGUAUAUCACGGCAAACUAAUGCUUCAAUUGACACAAAUAUUUCGAAAAAAGAAAAUCCUAUGACAAGUUUAAAGGAUAAUGUUACAAAUAUUGCAGAAGAAAUUAAACAGUCGAAUAUAAAUCUGUCAGUGGAAGAUAACAAAUCUUUAUGUCCUGUGUCACUGAUAAAUGAUAUUGUGAGUAAUGUCGAAGAUAGCACAAUAUCUAUAACCACAGAAUCACAGAAUGACAAUACUCUACAAGAAGAAGUAGAAGAAUUGUGUCGCCUUUGUGCAUUGCCUACAUCAAGUAAUAUGCUUCGUUCUAUUUAUGAUGAUAAUAUAGAUAAUAAAAUUAAUACAAUCUUACCACUUCAAUUAGAAGUACAUAAAUAUGAUGGUUUACCUCAAGAGAUUUGUCACUUAUGCGCACAUAAAGUCACAUUAUGUUAUGAUCUUAUCCAACAAUUUCUCGAUGCAAAUUCUAAGUUAUUAAUGCAUAGAAAUGAAAGAGAGGAGGUUGAACAAGCUGAAGAUACCUUAUUUUCAACUACAUUAUCUGAAGGAUCGCUGUUUUCAGGAGCAGGACUUAUACGUGAUAAUACUCAUUCAGAUCAUGAUAAUUAUCAAAAUUUAGAAAAAAGUUAUCAUGCAUAUGCUCCAACACACAAAAAUAAAUCCGAUAUUAAAGAUGAAAGAGAAGUUAAAAAUAAUUCUGCACAUUAUACAGAGCAUUCAUACAAUUUACCUCUGAAAAAUAUUCCUGAAAGGACAAAUAUGUUACAUCAAUUAGAUGAAAUAAAGAUUGAAAAUAAAAAUAAAUACUUAAAUAUUGAUAAUUCAUCAAAUGAUAUACAUCAUAAUAUUAUUAAGAAAAAAAUAGAUAAUAAAAUUAAGUAUAAUUGCAAAACUUGUAAUAAAAUGUAUAAUACCAAUUCUGAAUUAUGUAGACAUAAUGAAACACAUAGAGAAGAGAACAAAUUUUAUUGUGCACAUUGUCCAAAAAGUUUUCGUGUCAAAUCAUUAUUAAAGCAACACAUGUGUUCACACUCUGGCAUUAGACCAUAUGUUUGUGAUAUAUGUGGGGCAAGUUAUAAUAGACGUGGAAAUAUGGGUCAACAUAGAAAAACACAUUUUGUUAUUGAAAAUGGAGAGCCACGUUUAGUCAAAGAAGGUAUCAGAUGUAGUAUUUGUAGAAAAAAAGUAAAAUCUCUUCUUAUGUUGAAAUAUCAUCUUGCAAAACACAGUGGUGAAAAGAAAGCGUAUGUGUGUACUGUCUGUGGAAAAUGUUUUAGUACAGGAAGUCAAUUAAAGGUACAUCAAUUUCUUCAUACUGGAGAAAGACCAUAUACCUGCUCUGUAUGUGGCAAAGGUUUUCGAACAGAAGCAAUCAUGAAGCAGCAUUAUUUGGCUCUUCAUACAAAUGACUAUCCACAUGAAUGUCCAUUUUGUGACAGGAAAUUUAAGCGUCUACAAUCAUUAAUUGUACAUAAAAGGACUCAUACUGGAGAGCGACCUUAUCCCUGUCCAAUAUGUGGUCGUGCAUUUGCUCAAAAAGGAGAUAUGAUGAAACAUACGAAGAUUCAUAAUCCAAAUGCAGAUAAUAAGCGCGUUAAAAAUGAAAAUAGUUAUCUUGAAAUGCAAGUUAUUGAAGAUAACAAAAUUCAAAUUGGAUCAUCAAUAUCAGAAGAAAUAACGAUAUUUGAGAUAGAAGAUGAUGGACUAUCGAAUGAGUUUAAUCAAGCAAAUUUAAACAAGUAACAAUACUCUUGGUAAUGUAGUAUCCAUUAGAUUUAAUAAAUGAACGUGUAUAUUAGAACAAAAAUGAAGAGAUGAAAUCGUGAUGACAUAUUCUUUCAUCUAUCAUUUAAUCUAAUUUCAUAUGAAAUUAAAAAAAAAAUCUCUAAUUAAAUAUAAUUAUUAAAAAUGUAUAAUAAUGUAAUAUUAAUUAUAUAUAAUAUAUCUCUCAUAUAUUCUUUCUUAUGU